AGUUGAAGUCAGGCGGGCUACGGGGAUGCACGCCGCCCGCCCACACCAAGCUCCGUCUCGCGAUCUCAAAUAAUUCACUGCGAGAUACCAUAUGUAACCUACUUAGAUAAAAAUGAUAGUCAGUGUUGUGAUGACGUUUAGUGUUUAGACUAAUAAGGUUUUGUUUAGUGACUAUGAUGGAUACUUGCUCGGUAUGAUGGAUACUUACUCGAAAAGAUUGCAGACCGUUGACUUCAAUUACGACAGAGAGCGAGGCGAUGCGGUGUGAUGUAUGGUAACGCGAGCGCAGAGGGGGCGGGUGUGUGGGGGGUGGAGGGCGAGGAGACGCGUGCGCACGCGCUCGCCGCCCUCCUCGCCCUUUACGUACUUGUAUCAGUCGUCGGAAUAGUUGGCAACGUGAGUCUGAUGGCGGCGCUUGCGUCAGGCGGAGCAUCGCGUCUGAGAACACCACAGCUGCUCAGCGCGUGUGCAGCGGACCUGCUGGUGUGCGCCGCCAGUGCACCACUGGCAGCCACGCGUGCGGCCAGGAUUCAUCAUCUGCCGUGCCACAUUACAUUUUAUAUUGAAUCAUUACCUGUUGCGGCAAGUACAUUGUCCCUGGUGGCUAUAGCAAUGGACAGGUGUGGAGCUGUGCGACGCGGCCGCAGCACUUCGUGGUGUGCGCGACCUCCUCUCGCUGUACUCGCUGUGUGGAUCACCGCAUUUCUUCUGGGUGCAGCUGCAGUGGUGACUACAUGCGUGUCAUGUCCACCUUUGGCAGCGGCUCACGCUUUGCUUACAUACUGCAUGCCAGUGGCUGUAGUGGCCCACUGCCACUGGACCGUGCGGGUUAAGCUAACAGCGCUUUCGCUAACUGCGCGAGCUGCACACGGAGAGCUCCCACUGCCGGUACCACUAAUGCGACGACCCACACACGUCAUCAUCGUCGCCGGCGUUGGGCCGCGCGAGCGACGCGACGCCGUCGAUGUCGGCGACGUGAGAAACAAGAAAAAACUACAGCCCAGCCUCCUAGGCCCUCAACCGCAGAUGUCUACGCUACGGUCACGGCGACGCCUCGGGAAUGUACUCAUCGGCAUAGCUGCCGUUUUCGCCGUCUGUUGGUGUCCUCAUGCAGCGAUCGUCAUAUCGAAAGCUUUCGGAGUGAACAUUCCAUUAGUGUUAGCGCAGUACGCGUUGCUCCUCGGCUACGCACAUUCUGCUCUGAACGCUGUAGCAUAUUGGGUGUUGAAUAGGCACGCGCUCACCUCGGCCUGUGCCGCUUGGAGAUUACCGCAGCUGCGUGUCCGCGAGGAGAGGCCAUCUUCCACCAACGAGGCGGCCUUGGGCGCGUUUCACCCACGGCUCGCGCGUCCCGCACCCUCCCCGCGUCCGCCCCCCUCUAGCUUUCUCUAUUGAUGUCCGUCUAUCUUCUAAGCUCUGUCAAUCUGUGAUUCCUGUCUCUCAGUGCCUCGUAUAGUCUACGGGCGCCUCUGAUUCGGAGUGCGCCGCUCGUUUCGUCGUUAUAAUCGUGGUUGUUUGAGAUUUUAUGGAGAAUAAUAUCCGUGAAGCAAUAAAGUGUAUGAAACACU